AUGCUUACAGAACAUGGAACAGCAACCCUCAAGCAGCAGAGCGCUGCAUUGCUUCGGAAAAAUGCUGUCUACCAGAAGCGCCGAUGUUGCCUCAACAUCUGCAUCGUUCUCCUUCCAUUGGUGUUCGUUGGCUUGCUGGCUGGCCUUCAAAAGGUUUUUGACGACUUAGUGGACUCUGAGGACACAAGGAUAUAG